AUGGACGAUUGGCGUUAUGAAAUGAGAAGAGAAUUACAAGAGAUUGUUCCUGGAGUUUUCUUAGGCCCAUUUUCAGCGUGUCGACAAUUCGAGGAAUUAAAAGCGACCGGAAUUACACACGUCGUUUGCUUUGUAGAUCAGAAUGAAGCAAGGCUGUUUAGGACCGAGAAUUUAGCGCAGUAUUUCCAUUACCAGCAAUUUAUUGUGAGCGAUUCCAAUUUACAGAACCUGAUUCAGUACUUUCCUAAUACCUCUGAAUACAUUCACAACGUGAUAUCUCAACAAGGUAAAGUAGUUGUCUGCUGCAAUGGUGGCAUGUCAAGAAGUCCCACUUUUGUCAUUGCUUAUGUUAUGGAAGUAUUCAAAAUUGAUGCUUCUCAAGCAUACCAUUUUGUACAGGGACGACGUCUUUGUAUCAAUCCAAAUGAUGGUUUUAAAAGCCAGCUUAAAGAAUAUGAACCAAUAUAUAAAGCACGCCAGAGCAAUACACACAAUGACGACAGACAGAGUAACCGAAGACGACGUAGAUCAGAUCCUGAUGAAGAAACACAAGAACACAGUCAACAGCCUGAUCGUUCAGAUUCAAAAAGGCUUUCGAGAUUACAGGAUCAAAAUUCACAACAAAAUGUCAAUCCAGGUUAUACCUCCAUGUUAUUGUAG